AUGAGCCAGCUGCUCUCGCACAUUUCUCUGUCCUCGCUGGGCGAGACGUGUGCAUCCUACUUAGACCACGUCACCACCAACCUUCCUCCGUCCUUGUACACUCUCCACCAUCAACUCAUCGCCACGCUCUCAUCAGCCAAAGACUCGACUCCCCUGCGCCUGCUUACGCCUUGGCCCGAACUACUAGCGGACCACCCCGACGGCGCAUACACCACACCCGUCGCUUACACUCUCAUCGUCUGUACAAUUGUCAUUCUCGUCAUGUCCUGGCGCACUCCGUUCGCCAACUUCUGGCGCCGUGGUUACACCAACGUCGACAAUACCCCCCAAGUCACCGACAACGACUACAGCUACAUCACACAAGAUGAUAUCGUCAACCCACCCGCAAACACGUAUCGCAAUCAAUACGCAGGAGCGGAGGACACCGAGCCCGACACUCUUAUUCUGAAACACCGCAAGGAAAAGUACGAUCUGCACUUCCCGGCUUACGCUAUCAACGACGGCGCCCUCAGCGUGGGUCAACUGAGACAGCGGGCAGCGGAGGCGACGCGCACCCCUGAUCCGAAGCGGAUCAAACUGCUCUACAAGGGGAAGUUGUUGGACAACGACUCGCUGCCGUGUCGGUCGGAGGGUCUCAAACAACAGUCGGAAGUGCUAUGUGUCGUCUCCGGAGUGGAGCCGGGGGAGAGCUCGCCCAGUGAAUUGUCCGAGGCGGAGGCUGACAGGAACGCGGAAUCCGCCCGUCAGGAGGGAUCUGGUCGCAAGAAGUCGGGCAAGAACAAGAAGCGCAACAGCAAGAAUAAGAGGAAGGGCGGAAAGCAGGCCGACGGCUCAAAUACCCUCCCACCUCCCGCCGAAGAACCUCCGCGCCCGUCCAACGGAACCGGCAUGCCGCCCCCAGCACCCAAUCUGAAGUCGUUCAACAACCCGAUCGACCAAGUGAACGCUCUGUCGUCGUAUCUGCAACGGGAGCUUGUUCCUCUCUGCGAGGACUACAUCACGAACACACCGGCGGAUGCCAAGUCGCGCGAGUUCGAGUAUAAGAAGCUGACGGAGACGAUCCUGGCGCAGGUUCUUCUGAAUGCGGACAACAUCAACCCCGACGGUGUGCAGGAGAUCCGUGAUGCGCGUCGGGCUCUUGUCAAGUCAGCUCAGAACGCGCUCAACAGUCUGGACCAGGUCAGCAGGACAUGA